AUGAGAAAGAAGGAUGGUGUUGUUGCCUGUAAAAAUGGAUUUCAAAAACAAUUCACAGCGCAGACUACAACAAAUAAAGAUGGAUAUCCUUGCUAUCGUAGAACAAAUACUGGUGAAAAGGUGAAAGUCAGAAAUGCUGAGCUAGAUAAUCGAUGGGUUGUACCUUAUAACCUAUACCUCUCUACUCUAUUUGAUUACCACUUAAAUGUCGAAGUUUGUUCAACUAUAAAAGCAGUGAAGUAUUUAUAUAAAUAUGUUUACAAAGGGCAUGAUCGGGUGGCUUUUAAUAUAUCAGCACAGGAUAAAAAUUUUGCAGAUGAUAUUGCUCAGUUGCAGUCUAGGAGAUGGAUGUCACCGUGUGAAGCAGCAUGGAGAAUCUUUGCAUUUGUAAUUUUCUAUAUGUAUCCACUAGUAUUGCUUCUACCUGUUCAUUUACCAGACAUGCAUACUGUUUGUGUACGACCACAUCAACGCCUUGAUGUAAUUGUUGCGAGUGGUGUCUAUUCAAAGACUCCACUAACAGAGUUUUUUCGCAUGAAUAUGGCCUUUAAGAAUGGUUUGGGGUAUUUAUAUGGCAAAUUUCUGAGCAUUAUAGGUGGGAUGCUUCAGCAAAGAGUUGGUUUAAAAGACAGUACAUUAAACCAAUGA